UAGGUCUUUCCAGUUGCACGAGGACAUCAUCACACUCCAGGCUCACGAUUUAGCCUAGUUUUUACUUCACAAUCGCACUUUUUAAACGUGAAUUUCACCAUGGAUCCGGGGACAAAUGACGCAAUGGAAGCUGGCGCGGUAGAAAAGCAGGAUGACACUGACAGUUUUAUCAAAGUUAAGUCUAAAAAGAGCCAAAAGAGGAAACGCGAGGCAGCUGAUAUGGACACAGAGGGUCCAGUAGCAAGCAAGAGGCCACAGUUUCCACCUAUUUCGCAAGACAAAUUAAGGGGAGCGGAUCAGAUGCGUAAAGUGGCUGUCCCAGCUCACCGUUACACACCGCUAAAGGAGAACUGGCUGAAGAUCUUCACUCCCAUCGUGGAGAACCUGCAGCUUCAAGUCAGAUUCAACCUCAAAACGCGAAAUGUGGAGAUAAAAACUUGCAAAGAAACACAAGACAUUGCGUCACUCACUAAAGCAGCAGAUUUUGUGAAAGCCUUCAUUCUGGGCUUCCAGGUUGAAGACGCCUUGGCUCUGGUCAGACUGGACGAGCUCUUUCUCGAAUCCUUCGACAUUACAGACGUGAAGCCGCUGAAGGGCGAUCAUUUGUCCCGAGCCAUUGGCAGGAUCGCAGGCAAAGGAGGGAAAACCAAAUUCACCAUCGAAAACGUUACCAAGACUCGCAUCGUUCUGGCCGACACCAAAGUCCACUUAUUGGGCUCCUUUCAAAACAUUAGGAUGGCUCGGACAGCCAUAUGCAACCUCAUCCUAGGAAGUCCACCUUCGAAGGUCUACGGAAAUAUCCGGGUGGUCGCCAGCAGAGCUGCAGAAAGAUUCUGAACCGGUCUUCUGUGCUGGGGUUGAUAAGAGCUCAUUUGAAUUGAAUCAUCAUGGACUUGACAUUAUAUGAGGAAUCGGAGAUUGGUGGGGUGAAUGUUUUUGUGUAAAUUUUGUGUGUAUAUAAAAAAAUAUGCAAAUCA